GGAGCGGAGCAGGAAGCGACUGGGACUACACGGAGAGAGAAGGAGCUGCUGCUAAUAAACGACAUCAACAGCGGUACUCUCGGGGAUAUCUCGCUCUUCUCCAUAAUGUAGGUUGGAGACCAACAGAUUGCAGAUAUGAACUUGGAAACAUUUACAAUACAUUGCUAAAGUGCACAAGUUGGUGAGGAAUCGCAAGCUAUCUUCCUGUUGUGUCUAGCUGACAAGCUAACCGGGCUAGCUAGCUAACGGCUCCAGGAAAAAUGAAGGAGGUGAAGGGUUGCGGUAUGAGGUCCUCUGUGGGCUUUCUGUCCCAGAGAAGGCUUUUCGGGAACCCGCUGAUGAAGGAAGAAUUCCAGAGACUCCGGUUGGCAGGAUGCACAAGCCUUUACAAGAAGGAUAUGCUGGGACAUUUCGGAUGUGUAAACGCCAUAGAGUUUUCCAAUAAUGGAGGUGAAUACCUUGUGUCCGGUAAGUUGGUAACUAGAUCACUAGUUAUGGAGUUGCUAGCUAGCUACAAAUUCCAGCAAGCUAGCACGUCAGAAAUCAAGCUUAGCUGGUCGAGACAGCGAAUAUGCACAUUUGGCUCUCUCUCAAUUAUGACCACGAAAAGACUGGCAUGUACAGGCCAAGCCUGCAUGGGUUAAAAAAACGGACAUUCAUUUUGGCUAACUAGGUUAGCAUGUUAUCCAUCUGACAAACUACCACAACAUGACCUAAGAGUUUUAUAACUAAACCAAGAUAGACCACAGCCUGUCGUUUCAAAUGGGAACAUUUGGGGGCGUCCUCCGAGUGGCGCAGUGGUCUAAGGCACUGCAUCGCAGUGUUAGCUGUGCCACUAGAGAUCCUGGUUCAAAUAGUCGGCCGCGACCGGGAGACCCAUGGGGCGGCGCACAAUUGGCCCAGCGUCGUCCAGGGUAGGGGAGGGAAUGGCCGGCAGGGAUGUAGCUCAGUUGGUAGAGCAUGGCGUUUGCAACGCCAUGGGUUGUGGGUUCGAUUCCCACGGGGGGCCAGUAUGAAAAAAUUCAAAAAAUAAUGUAUGCACUCAUUAACUGUAAGUCGCUCUGGAUAAGAGCGUCUGCUAAAUGACUAAAAUGUAAAUGGAACAAAUGAGCCAUAGUGGGCAGAACAACCAAGGAGGUGGGCAGAGCCAAGCACGACCUAGCGAGAUCCUAUUGGCGCGUUUUUUUUUGCAUACAUUUGCAUGUUUCCGUUAGGGAACGCCUACUCUGAAAGUGCGCGUGUGCAAUAAUGCACUCCUAAACAAUGCAAUUUUUUUUUAACUUUAGCAAAGGGUAAGGUCUACAAAAACUUUGUCCACUGUGUUCGUAAGAGAUUGUAGUUUUGGGAACAGAACUGUAUCGAUGGGCUCCCGAGUGGCGCAGCGGUCUAAGGCACUGCAUCUCAGUGCUUGAGGCGUCACUACAGACCUGGGUUCAAUUCCAGGCUGUAUCACAACCGGCCGUGAUUGGGAGUCCCGUAGGGCGGCACACAAUUGGCCCAGCGUCGUCCAAGUUUGGCCGGGGUAGGCCUUCAUUGUAAAUAAUAAUUUGUUCUUAACUGACUUGCCUAGUUAAAUAAAGGUUAAAUAAAAAUUAAAUUGAGAUCAAAUGUAUCCUUGAUGAGUAAAUGAUAAGAAUGUUGGCCAAAAUCCAUCUGUGACAUGCCUGUAGCAGCUAGCUAGCAACACCACAUUCCUGCCCCUUCCUUCGAUAUAGGGGUGAUUCUCACCAAACUGUCACUGGUCUAAGGCAGUGGAUAAAAAUGGCCGUGCAAGGCUAAAGCAGAUCUACAGUGAGGGGAAAAAAGUAUUUGAUCCCCUGCUGUGAAAUGUAACAAGAUGGUCUACUACCAGAUCAGGAAAAACUCUGGGCCACUCGGAAAUCCCCACACAAUGUUAAAAUGAGAACAUCCUAUUUGUAUGAUCUACAUUUAGCGUGUUUUUGGUGGUGGUGAUGGGCUUCCAUAUUUGUACCAUGCUCAGUGCAGCAGGCAGCUACUGCGACAAUUUCAGGCUGUUUACUGCAAUUUCAGGUUAAAACGAAAUAAAACAAGUCUCAACUAUUAGGAAAAAGUCUGCAUUUCAGCUGUUUAAAAAAUCAUUGCCCUGCUAUUACCAUUUAUACUGUAGGAGUGUUGGCUCAAUUAGUAUUUUUACAUUUGAGUAGUAUGUGUAGCCAACGGUAUUUUUACGAGAAGUGUAGUAAAUGUGAAGAGACUCUUAGUUAUUCCAGUUAUGGUGUGGUAGCUAGGGGAGGUGAUGGUGUGGUAGCUAGGGGAGGUAAUGGUGUGGUAGCUAGGGGAGGUAAUGGUGUGGUAGCUAGGGGCGGUGAUGGGGUGGUAGCUAGGGGCGGUGAUGUGUGGUAGCUAGGGCGGUGAUGGUGUGGUAGCUAGGGGCGGUGAUGGUGUGGUAGCUAGGGGAGGUAAUGGUGUGGAGCUAGGGCGUGGUGGUGAUGGGGUAUGGGUGAGCUAGGGGCGGUGAUGGUGUGGUAGCUAGGGGGUAGGGUGUAUAGGGUGUGGUAGCUAGGGGCGGUGAUGGUGGGUCUAGGGAUAUGGUGUGUAGCUAGGGGCGUGUGAUGGUGUGGUAGCUAGGGGCGGUGAUGGUGUGGUAGCUAGGGGCGGUGAUGAUGGUGUGGUAGCUAGGGGCGGUGAUGGUGUGGUAGCUAGGGGAGGUGAUGGUGUGGUAGCUAGGGGCGGUGAUGGUGUGGUAGCUAGGGGAGGUGAUGGUGUGGUAGCUAGGGGCGGUGAUGGUGUGGUAGCUAGGGGCGGUGAUGGUGUGGUAGCUAGGGGGGUGAUGGUGUGGUAGCUAGGGGCGGUGAUGGUGUGGUAGCUAGGGGCGGUGAUGGUGUGGUAGCUAGGGCGGUGAUGGUGUGGUAGCUAGGGGAGGGCGGUGGGUGCUGGGAGUGAUGUGUGGUAGCUAGGGGCGGUGAUGGUGUGGUAGCUAGGGGCGGUGAUGGUGUGGUAGCUAGGGGCGGUUGUGAUGGUGUGGUAGCUAGGGGCGGUGAUGGUGUGGUAGCUAGGGGAGGUAAUGGUGUGGUAGCUAGGGGCGGUGAUGGUGUGUUUCUCUACCGGUGGGCCUUGCAAGAGUAAAAACCCCAGACCAAACCAGAAGUUUGUUGUACUGGUUUUGUUUACUGUGUGUGUGUGUGUGUGUGUGUGUCUUUUCAAUCCACAGGAGGAGAUGAUCGCAGAGUGUUGCUAUGGGAUCUGGAGAGAGUCCUCCAUGCCCGCUCGGCCAAGCCUCUCAUACUGAAGGGAGAACACCUCUCCAACAUCUUCUGCUUGGCCUUCGACAGUACCAACAAGAGGGUGUUCUCUGGGGGUAAGAGAACAUAAAAUGAUCCGUUUUAGUUAACAUACCGGGUGUUUCUCAAAAUGCAUACAACCGUGCUCUGGCCACGGGAGGGUCUGAGUGAGUCCAAAUCAAAGUAUGCGAAACGGAGCACGGAGGGCACUUCUCCCGACGCGUACUCCAGUUGUACUUAUUUUGAAGCAUCCAUCUAUUCAAGCUUCAACGGGAAGUAUGCGCAGAAAUAUGACGCAACCACAUAAAAAAACAACGCAACAUUUCUUGAAGUCAAUGGCAGACAUUUAUUUGAGCUGAAGCGAGAGGGAAUAAAACUGACUUCAGAAUGAAAAGUUCCCCAUUCACAUCUCAGCUUGAUAUGUUUAUAAACACAUACUGGGUUAAUUUGGGCAUUUCUACCUGCCUACAAUAGCAACUGUAGUGUGCAUAGAUCGCAAGUCAAUAGGGCUAACUGGCUAGCUACUACUGUUAGCUAGCUAGCUACCCACAAAGAAUUUAACAUCUACACUACCGGUCAAAAGUUUUAGAACACCUACUCAUUCAAGGGUUUUUCUUUUCUUUUUCAAAAACUAUUUUCUACAUUGUAGAAUAAUAGUGAAGACAUCAAAACUAUGAAAUAACACACAUGGAAAUCAUGUAGUAACCAAAAAAGAGCCACCCUUUGCCUUGAUGACAGCUUUGCGCACGCUUGGCAUUCUCUCAACCAGCUGAGGUAGUCACCUGGAAUGCAUUUCCAACAUCUAUCUGCCCUCUAUGGGUUAUGAAUGGGUUAUGAAGUUCUUCAUGUAGGUACCGUUCAACUAAACUGUUACUAUUGUCUCUUUUUAAAGGCAACGAUGAACAGGUCAUCCUUCAUGAUGUAGAGCGGUGAGUAUUAUUAUUAAUCUUCCUCAGUGUGUACGUACCUACUUCCUUCUUUGGGAGCAUAGGCCAUGGACGACCCCUUUCCUUCUCGCUCUGGGAUGGGUUCUCCAGCUCGUCCCACCCUGCUGGUUCUCCCGCAAAGUGUUUACUCUGUCUAAAAUACUCCUAAUGCGUUUAGCUGCAUUUUAAUGUGUUAGUCAGAAAUUUUAUGUUUUUAUGAAAUUACAACUCAUCUCCCCAUAUACCAGCAAGACAUUGAUGCAGACAUUGGUUCCCACUCCAGCUCGCUACUUGGAAUGAAUGUGGGUCUUUCUAUAAAUAAAGGGGCCAAAAUCAGGGUCAACAUUUUUUUUAAUGGUUUGAUAUACAUUUAAAUAUGAUUUUCUUGCAGCUUCACAUGUGUAGUUACAGGAAUAAUAGUCUAGAUGGGCACAAUGAAACCAUAACUCCUAGCAACAACAAAACAUCUACCUGCCACUAGCAACAACAACACAUCUACCUGCCACUAGCAACAACAACACAUCUACCUGCCUCUAGCAACAACAAAACAUCUACCUGCCUCUAGCAACAACAACACAUCUACCUGCCUCUAGCAACAACAACACAUCUACCUGCCUCUAGCAACAACAAAACAUCUACCUGCCUCUAGCAACAACAAAACAUCUACCUGCCUCUAGCAACAACAACACAUCUACCUGCCACUAGCAACAACAACACAUCUACCUGCCACUAGCAACAACAAAACAUCUACCUGCCACUAGCAACAACAACACAUCUACCUGCCACUAGCAACAACAACACAUCUACCUGCCUCUAGCAACAACAAAACAUCUACCUGCCACUAGCAACAACAACACAUCUACCUGCCACUAGCAACAACAACACAUCUACCUGCCUCUAGCAACAACAAAACAUCUACCUGCCACUAGCAACAACAACACAUCUACCUGCCACUAGCAACAACAAAACAUCUACCUGCCUCUAGCAACAACAACACAUCUACCUGCCUCUAGCAACAACAACACAUCUACCUGCCUCUAGCAACAACAACACAUCUACCUGCCUCUAGCAACAACAACACAUCUACCUGCCUCUAGCAACAACAACACAUCUUCCUGUCACUAGCAACAACAAAACAUAUACCUGCCACUAGCAACAACAAAACAUCUACCUGCCUCUAGCAACAACAACACAUCUACCUGCCUCUAGCAACAACAAAACAUCUACCUGCCACUAGCAACAACAACACAUCUACCUGCCUCUAGCAACAACCAAAACAUCUACCUGCCAUUAACAAUGUGACAUGCCUAGUAGCAGGUCUGUUUGUGCUUUAGUCAACUUCUCUAGCAUUUAUAGCCAUGCUAAACCUACCAGAAGAAUGAAAAGAUUUCUAUAUGUUUUAAUAGUCGAUAGAAUAUAAUAUAAUAAUAUAAUACAAUAGGUUCUGUCAACAAAAUCAUUGACAAUAAUAAUAAUAAUAAUAAUAGCCAUUAAUUACAAUAUUAUAAUCGGUAAACUCUUCAAGGUGUGUGUGUGUGUGUGUGUGUGUGUGUGUGUGUGUGUGUGUACUAGACGUCACAUUCUUGCUUCCUCUCCUUGAUAGUGUAUUGGAGCCUGAGGGGAGGAACCUCCUCUCCUCCAAUGGGCUUUGAGAGGGAGGUGAGGAAUGGGGGAGGAACCUCCUCUCCUCCAAUGGGCUUUGAGAGGGAGGUGAGGAAUGGGGGAGAAUCUCAAUUACACGUCCUUCAUUCCUCACGUCCUCUCUCUUCGCCGCCUUCUCAAAACCCAUUGGAUAAGAAGGUGAGAGGGGAGGGACCUCUGACCUUCUCGUCUAAUGGGUUUUGAGGAGACGAGGUGAGCAGAUGUAACGAAUCAAGGAAAUGCAAUUGAGGUUCUCCCAAGGACAGACGAAGCAAGUAUUUGACAGAUAUUCAUUUUUAUUUUAUUUUCUGACGUUGCCAGACUGCCUGAGCUACCAUAAUACCCAUGGCCUGUCCAGAAACAGUCUAGACACUACCCAUGGCCUGUCCAGAAACAGUCUAGACACUACCCAUGGCCUGUCCAGAAACAGUCUAGACACUACCCAUGGCCUGUCCAGAAACAGUCUAGACACUACCCAUGGCCUGUCCAGAAACAGUCUAGACACUACCCAUGGCCUGUCCAGAAACAGUCUAGACACUACCCAUGGCCUGUCCAGAAACAGUCUAGACACUACCCAUGGCCUGUCCAGAAACAGUCUAGACACUACCCAUGGCCUGUCCAGAAACAGUCUAGACACUACCCAUGGCCUGUCCAGAAACAGUCUAGACACUACCCAUGGCCUGUCCAGAAACAGUCUAGACACUACCCAUGGCCUGUCCAGAAACAGUCUAGACACUACCCAUGGCCUGUCCAGAAACAGUCUAGACACUUCGGGUGUGUGGUGGACCUACGGCACGACCCAGGCAUUGGUUGGGAUCCUUAAUUCCGUUGCUAUACACAGAUUUGCACAGGUGUAAGCUGGACACACCCACAGCACCUUAUCAGGCUGAUCAGGCAGGUCUGGGUAGCUGGAGACCACACCCACGGCACCUUAUCAGGCUGAUCAGGCAGGUCUGGGUAGCUGGAGACCACACCCACGGCACCUGAUCAGGCUGAUCAGGCAGGUCUGGGUAGCUGGAGACCACACCCACGACACCUUAUCAGGCUGAUCAGGCAGGUCUGGGUAGCUGGAGACCACACCCACGGCACCUUAUCAGGCUGAUCAGGCAGGUCUGGGUAGCUGGAGACCACACCCACGGCACCUUAUCAGGCUGAUCAGGCAGGUCUGGGUAGCUGGAGACCACACCCACGGCACCUUAUCAGGCAGGUCUGGGUAGCUGGAGACCACACCCAGGGCACCUUAUCAGGCUGAUCAGGUAGGUCUGGGUAGCCGGAGACCUGCUGUAAACAGUGAGAUUAUAUAUUUACAUGUCUACUAUUCACACCCUGGCUUCAUUCCAGCUAGUUAGAUGUGCAACCACUGACUAACUACAGCUAAGGGAAUAUCUCUAGUCUAGCAAUAGAUACUGUUUCUUUUUUUGGGGGCUGUAUAGCAUCAUUUAAUACGAUGACUAAUGGUUAGCUAGGCUAUAUCAGUCAGCUAACCAUAUACAGUAACAGCAGUUCAUUAAUAAACCAAUACACACUAAAUCUUAUGUAGAAAGCUUACCUUAUCUUGGCGCUGUGGCACGUCAUGGGCAGCUAUUAAUAGGUAAUAGAUUCAUAGAAUGGAGUUAAAAGGUUGACCUCUUACUUUGAAAGGACAGGAAGUGUUGGCUGUGCACUUGACCAGGCAUUCCACCUUUAACCCCACACACAUUUUAACAUCGAAAUAUCAAGUCAUCUUUUGGUUUUUGUAUGCAAAAAUAAGCAUAUUCAAACAGUCCAUUUUCACAUUCCCAAUUGCUUAAUUUUAACUCGGAAAACAAAUGAUCAAAACUUACAAGAACUUACCUCAGGAAUCUUGAUUUUAAUGUUGUCCAUGAAGUAGGCUAAUUAACUUGACCGUUGUAACAACAUAUACACCAGAAUGUUCUGUCAAUCCUCCAGAAUAAUAUGAAUGAAUGUACUUUGGCUGCUGUUAAAUCGCAUGCAGUAUCAUACAAGCUCUAGUAUUAAACAAGGCUUCAUUCUAAGCGGUGGUUAGUAUUAAUACAAGGCUUCAUUCUAAGUGGUAGGUUAUUAUUAAUACAAGGCUUCAUUCUAAGUGGUAGGUUAGUAUUAAUACAAGGCUUCAUUCUAAGUGGUAGGUUAUUAUUAAUACAAGGCUUCAUUCUAAGUGGGAGGUUAUUAUUAAUACAAGGCUUCAUUCUAAGUGGGAGGUUAGUAUUAAUACAAGGCUUCAUUCUAAGUGGUAGGUUAGUAUUAAAACAAGGCUUCUUUCUAUGUGUUAUGUUAGUAUUAAUUAAUAUAUGGGAUUUGGAACAUAGUCUGAAACCGCAUUUAGAUAACACAUCUCCUCAAAUAGGCCUAUCGGGGAAAAUAUUGACACAGAUAUUGACUUUGCUAUUGUACAUGAAGCAGCUGUAUUCUGUUCUUCCAGAGGUGAGACUCUGAACGUGUUCCUCCAUGACGAUGCGGUGUACGGCCUGUCAGUCAGCCCGGUUAACGACAACGUGUUCGCCAGCUCCUCUGACGACGGACGGGUCCUCAUCUGGGACACACGGCAGCCGCCACACGGAGGUAAUAAUAAUAUACAUGAACAAAAAAUAUAAACGCAACACGCAACAAUUCCAACGAUUUUACUGACUUACAGUUCAUAUAAGGAAAUCAGUGUCAAUUUAAAUAAAUUCGUUAGGCCCUAAUCUAUGGAUUUCACAUGACUGGGCAGGGGUGCAGCCAUGGGUGGGCCUGGGAGGGCAUAUGCCCACCAACUUGGGAGACAGGCCCACCCACUGGGGAGCCAGGCCCAGCCAAUCAGAAUGAGUUUUCCUCCACAAAAGGGCUUUAUUACAGACAGAAAUACUCCUCAGUUCCAUCAGCUGUCCGGGUGGCUGGUCUCAGACGAUCCCGCAGGUGAAGAAGCCAGAUGUGGAGGUCCUGAGCUGGCGUGGUUACACGUGGUGUGCGGUUGUGAUGCCGGUUGGAUGGACUGCCAAAUUCUCUAAAAUAACGUUGGAGGAGGCUUAUGGUAGAGAAAUUAACAUUAAAUGAUCUGGCAACAGCUCUGGUGGACAUUCCUGUAGUCAGAAUGCGAAAUUGCUCGCCCCCUCAAAACUUGAGACAUCUGUGGCCAUUGUGUUGUGUGACAAAACUGCACAUUUUUAGAGUGGCCUUUUAUUGUCCCCAGCACAAGGUGCACCUGUGUAAUGAUCAGGCUGUUUAAUCAGCUUCUUGAUAUGCCACACCUGUCAGGUGGAUGGAUUAUCUUGGCAAAGGAGAAAUGCUCACUAACAGGGAUGUAAACAAAUGUGUGCACAAAUCUUUUAUUUCAGCUCAUGAAACAUGGGACCAACACUUUACAUGUUGCGUUUUUUAUAUUUUUGUUCAGUAUAAAACAGUGUAUUUUCAGUGUAUUAUUGUAUAUAAAACAUAUUGCAAUAGGCCUCCCCCUGAUCAAUGACCAUGUCAUCUGAGUUAAACACAUGUCCUUCCCUGUGUUUUUCAGAACCAUUCUGUCUGGCCAAUUACCCAUCAGCCUUCCACAGCGUGAUGUUCAACCCGGCAGAGCCCCGACUGCUGGCCACAGCCAACUCCAAGGAGGGGGUGGGGCUGUGGGACAUCCGCAAGCCUCGCACGUGAGGCUUCUGUUAAAUGAUGAUGUAAAAACUGUCACACUCUGAAUUUUCAGGCUGUAAUCCAGCAACUGUUUUACCCAAUUUGUCCACCAGAGGGCACUCUUUUAUUAUUUAAUUCACCGAUUUCUCUCAUUGCUUCCAUUCUGACCAUAUAAGAUUGAAACUGCCACUAAAUAUAAUCAGACCUACUAAGGACCCUCUCUUUAUAUUGCUGCUUUUAGUGGUUAAGAGCGUUGUGCCAGUAACCGAAAGGUCGCUGGUUCUAAUCCCCGAGCCGACUAGGUGAAAAAUCUGUCGAUGUGCCCUUGAGCAAGGCACUUAACCCUAAAUUGCUCAUGUAAGUCGCUCUGGAUAAAGCGUCUGCUAAAUGACUGAAAUGUACGCUGUCUGUCGAUCACAUUUUAUUUUCUAAAGCCCCUUUUUUCACAUCAGCAGCUGUCGCGGUGCUUUAACAAACAGUCGGCCUAGAACCCCAAGAGUCAAGGCAGCAGCGCAAAGCACAGUGGCCAGGAAGAAACCCAGAGAGGAAACCCGGCUCCUUCCUAACCCACCUCUCUUUUGUCUGUCCCAGUUCUCUGCUGCGGUACGGUGGCAGCAUGUCCCUCCAGAGUGCCAUGUCGGUGCGUUUCAACAGCACGGGGACCCAGCUCCUGGCCCUGCGUCGCAGGCUACCCCCAGUCCUCUACGAGCUACACUCACGCCUACCCAGCUUCCAGUUCGACAACCAGGGCUACUUCAACUCCUGUACCAUGAAGAGCUGCUGCUUCGCUGGAGACAAGGACCAGGUGAGCUUCGGGGCUAUGGGUGCAUCACAAAUGUUGUAGAGCCCUACGGGCUCAGGUCAAAAGUAGUGCACUAUAUAGGGAAUAGGGUGCAGCAUUUGUGACCUUCUCAGAGCUUUUCUGUUUUCCUACAGAACUGCUGCUUUACCCUCUGUGUUUUUAGGGCUGUGACGGUAAUUGAAUAACCGUGUAACUGACGGUCAUGGAUGAAGACUGCCAUGAAAAUAAAAUAACCGUCAAAACCGUUACAUAGGCCUACAUUCAUUUAUUUUUUGUAUUAUUUAUUUUUUCAUUUAACUUUAUUUUCAUGUAGAGGAACUUUAUAGCGGGAGUGUUUACUGAUGACCAGUUGUUUGGUCUGUCUACAUCUCCUUUUUCUUCUAACUGUUGUUUAAUGCUCCGGCAGCCAGUCCGCUAGAUGUGCAGGGUCUAGUCUAUUCACUAUGACACUUCAGUCAAAACAUUGUUUGAUGUUUUGGAGUUUUAUUUUAUACAACGUUUUCAUUGCUUGCUAGUAAAUAAAUAAAUCAGUGUUCUUUUAAAAAAAAAAAAGGUUGGAUGUGUCUGAAUAUUCAUUCAUUAUUCGACAGCAGUCGACAAAGUUGUUCUUUGCUCUAAGCUGUUGACCAAUCAAAAUUGUUAUCUGGGACACUGACCGGUCUGUGGGUUCAUUGUGUGAAUUAAUAAUGCAUCAGUUUUCAAUGCAUCAGUGUAGCAAGGUAUCAAUUUAGUCAAUGUGAUCACACCAGAGCUGGGCUACACGUCAUUCUCGCCAUUCAAACUUCCCUGCCAGUUCAUUGCCAACGCUGUAGCAAGCAAGAGGAUUGGGGCCUCCCGAGUGGCGCAGUGGUCUAAGGCACUGCAUCGCAGUGCUAGCUGUGCCACUAGAGAUCCUGGUUCGAGUCCAGGCUCUGUCGCAGUCGGCCGAGACCGGGAGACCCAUGGGGCGGCGCACAAUUGGCCCAGCGUCAUCCAGGUUAGGGGAGGGAUUUGGCCGGCAGGGAUGUUCUUGUCCCAUCGCGCACUAGCGACUCCUGUGGCGGGCCAGGGCGUACAGUGUUUCCUCCGACACAUUGGUGCAGCUGGCUUCCGGGUUAAGCGGGCAUUGUGUCAAGAAGCAGUGCUGCUCGGUUGGGUUGUGUUUCGGAGGACGCACGGCUCUCGACCUUCGCCUCUCCCGUGUCCGUACGGGAGUUGCAGCGAUGGGACAAGACUGUAACAACCAAUUAGAUACCACGAAAUUGGGGAGAAAAAGGGGUAAAAACAAAUAUAUACACUACCGUUCAAAAGUUUGGGGUCACUUUGAAAUAUCCUUGUUUUCGAAAGAAAUGGCUAUUGUAGCUGGAAACUGCUGAUUUAAAAAAAAAAUUGAAUAUCUACAUAGGCGUACAGAGGCCCAUUAUCAGCAACCAUCAGUCCUGUGUUCCAAUGGCAUGUUGUGUUUGCUAAUCCAAGUUUAUCAUUUUAAAAGGCUAAUUGAUCAUUAGAAAUUGACUAGAGUAUCUGGAGCAUCAGCAAUUGUGGGUUCGAUUACAGGCUCAAAAUGGCCAGAAACAAAUAACUAACUUCUGAAACUUGUCAGUCUAUUCUUGUUCUGAGAAAUGAAGGCUAUUCCUUGCGAGAAAUUGCCAAGAAACUGAAGAUCCCGUACAACGCUGUGUACUACUCCCUUCACAGAACAGAGCAAACUGGCUCUAACCAGAAUAGAAAGAGGAGUGGGAGGCCCCAGUGCACAACUUAGCAAGAGGACAAAUACAUUAGUGUCUAGUUUGAGAAACAGGCGCCUCACAGGUCCUCAACUGGCAGCUUCAUUAAAUAGUACCUGCAAAACACCAGUCUCAACAUCAACAGUGAAGAGGCGACUCCGGGAUGCUGACCUUCUAGGCAGAGUUGCAAAGAAAAAGCCAUAUCUCAGACUGGCCAAUAAAAAGAAAAGAUUAAGAUGGGCAAAAGAACACAGACACUGGACAGAGGAAGAUUGGAAAAACGUGUUAUGGACAGAUUAAUCGAAGUUUGAGGUGUUCGGAUCACAAAGAAGAACAUUUGUGAGACCAAAUGAAAAGAUGCUGGAGGAGUGCUUGAUGCCAUCUGUCAAGCAUGGUGGGGGCAAUGUGAUGGUCUGGGGGUGCUUUGGUGGUGGUAAAGUGGGAGAUUUGUACAGGGUAAAAGUGAUCUUGAAGAAGGAAGGCUAUCUCUCCACAGCUCCAAACUAUGCAAUAACUAUUUAGGGAAGAAGCAGUCAGCUGGUAUUCUGUCUAUAAUGGAGUGGCCAGCACAGUCACCGGAUCUCAACCCUUUUGAGCUGUUGUGGGAGCAGCUUGACCGUAAGAAGUGCCCAUCAAGCCAAUCCAACUUGUGGGAGGUGCUUCAGGAAGCAUGGGGUGAAAUCUCUUCAGAUUACCUCAACAAAUUGACAACUAGAAUGCCAAAGGUCUGCAAGGCUGUAAUUGCUGCAAAUGGAGGAUUCUUUUGACGAAAGUAAAGUUUGAAAGACACAAUUAUUAUUUCAAUUAAAAAUCAUUAUUUCUAACCUUGUCAAUGACUACAUUUCCUAUUCAUUUAGCUAUAUUUCCUAUUCAAACUCAUUUCAUGUAUGUUUUCAUGGAAAAACAAGGACAUUUAAGUGACCCGAAACAUUUGACCGGUAGUGUGUGUAUAUAUAGAUUUAGAUAAAGAUGGAGGCGCGUACCGAAAGGACGCAUGGGUUUUCUACCAACAAAACUGUGGUUGUAUGUAGAAAUCAGACAAAGUUUAAAUGAAGCCUCAAUAUAUCCUCAAGCAACAGAGAGAGUGAGCAGUCUGUUUUUGUACAACAGCGAACCAAUCAGUUGGUAAAAUUGCGCGGUGACACAAAUCCAGCAAGCCGUGGCUUCCCCCAGGGGGAAAAGACGAGGGGCAACGUGGAGAGAGCUAAAGGAUAUCCAGGAAAACGGCUCAAACGCUCACCAAAACAAACAAACUGCUACAGUCUUUUUUUUAAAUAAGUAGAUUUGCUCGAAGAGAAGGAGUCUAUCGUGCCAGACAUGCGCAUUCAAGGCGUGCGCAUGAAUGAACAAGACAACAAAAUUAGCCUUCUGGAAAACAAAGUUUCAAACUUUUAGAAGAUUAAUUGGACCAGCAAGAAAACCGAAUGAGACGAAACAACAUGAAUAUUGUCCUUACUGGAAGACGAGGACAAAAAAGGAUAGGAAGUUGACGUGGAUAUAUCACCGAAGAAUCUGGAACGAUGCCAUAGGAUUGCGGUGAAACAGAAUAACGCUAAAUACCCUCGCAUGGUAAUCUUCAAGCUGUGGAGCUAUCAGACCAAAGUCAACAUUCUGAAGCCACAGAGGGGAACAUUUAGAUAAAUCCACGGCCAGUCCGUUCGAUUCAUCCAGGACCUGUCUGCCAAGCUGAGGAAAAAAAACCACAAGUAAUGCAUUCCGAUCAGACAGUCACCGGAGGAAAAAGGAUUCAAAUCUCAACGCUGCUUCCUGGCAGUGCUGUGGGUAAUAGAAGGGAACGCAAUGGAUGGAAUUCACAAGCGCCUUAAUCAAGCUACAAGAAACGAUGUGCGCACUAGGCUACAUAGUGAGUGAUGCCUGAGACCGGCUUAUCAUUCAUUGAGACCAUAUCCUUUCCUCCCCCUCCCAACAAUACAAUCUAUACUCUACUUUCCCCCAAGUAUCUGUUCUUCUCUAUGAAGUAACGAUAGAAGUAGCCAGUGGACUACAUGGACACUGAAAAGACAAUUCAAAGGGGGAAAUAUAGCAUAUGUCAAUAACUGUUCUCUCGUGUGUGUCAGAAUGGGAGGGUGAGCCAUGGUGAAUAUGUGUAGGAUGGUGGGAGAGUGGGUGGGUGGAUGCAUAGGGUGACCGACCGGCUCAAAACGAAAUUGUGUUUUUUACUUUGGAUAAAAGUAGAGACUCAGAGCUAGAAAAUGGUAUAUCAUACACUACAGUUGAGGAACAAUGGGAAAGUAAUUCUGCUUUGAAAGUUGAUAAACUUGUAACCUCACGUUUGAGAAAAUGAAUGUUUUGGUACCUACUGAAGAGCUCUUCUUUGUCUAAACCCAUUCAGCAUCGUUCACACCCAUCUUAAGCUUGAUCCGAGAAUUCUGUCCUAACAACAGCAGUCAAUCACCCAAGCUAACUGGCUAACUUGCUAGCUACUUCCAGACACAAAUGAGAGAACAGCUCAAUGACCGUUUUACUCGCCCUAGCAGAGCUGGUUAGGCUGUUUUUAUGUUAUCCAGAGCGUUGGUGACGGCAACUGUGCUGCUAGCAACAAUUUACGCUUUUUUGCCAAAGUUUACUGACACCGGCAAUAUUCAAUUGGUGUUGGUAAAUUCGUCAGUUAUUCUGCGCUCUGGCACACUCAGACGAGAGUGCUCUGAAAUCGGAGUAGAUAGCCAGAGCAAAUUUACCAGCUACGUCUAUCAGUUUUCGCAGUGACAUAAUUAACAUUCAAUUGAAAUGGUUACUUGCAUAGUGAAGUAUUUUGUUAAGACAUGUAGCUAGCUAGCUAGCUAGCUAAACAAUGAACCAUAAUCCCAACUCAUGACGUUACUACCCUGCAUGAAUCUGCAGAUAGCUAACCAACCAGGUUCAAUGUUAGCUAGGUAACAUUAGGCUAUAACUAGCAAAGCAAAUGGCUCUGAGAUACGAAUAAUAUUACUACACAGAUCAUACACGUAACGUUAGCUAGCAAGCCAGCCAGCUAACGUUAGCUAGCUAGUACACUAUAACUUGAAAUGAAAACUACUUCCUGACAAAAUUAGAAACGUGUAAUAUAUGAAAAUGUAGCUAGCUAGACUAGAUCUUACCCGUAUACAUGGACGGACGCUUCUCACUCUUUGUCACGGAUGCCAUGGUUGCCCUUAGUUUGAAGAUGUAAUCCGGAGACGGGUGUUUUCGCCAUCUCCUUAGCUAUCAUACUGUCAUUCCACUUAUUUCAAAACUCGGUCCUCCAGAAAGUGGAGAGCAACACUUAUGCAGUUCCUACUACGCAAUGUAUAUUUUUUUUUAAAGCCGCGUUACACAGGAUUACCUAGACAUACUGAUCCGCUCAAAUAGACAGAAGCGUGCAACAUGGCAGACCAAUCCGAACUCAUCUCUCUGCAUUUCCAGCCCACUCAUUAUCUCAGCCAAUCAUGGCUAGCGGGAAGGUUGCUGUCUUUUUCUGUAGCUAAACCAACUAGGCUCGUAAUUUUAACAAUUUUAUUCGUAUUCGCAUACAAGUUUGUUAUUAAGGCACAUGAAAAUUCAGACGUUCCAGAAGGCAUUUCUGCAAAAAAAAAACGCAUUUUGAUAAAAAAAAAAGUUUAAGUUCAAAUGGCUCUCCUGUGAAGUAGUGACCCGUGACAUACGCCUGGUUUCCUGAAACAAGUCACGUAUGUAGGCCGGAAAUUAUUGAGAAUGGAUGAGUAGGUCGAUGAAUGGAUGGGAUUAAGUGUAUCCGAGGUAGGGAGGGUGGGAAAAGAUGGGAGGUAGGGACAAGCUUGGCUUGGGUGGCCAAGGAUGGGAGGUAGGGACAAGCUUGGCUUGGGUGGCCAAGGAUGGGAGGUAGGGACAAGCUUGGCUUGGGUGGCCAAGGAUGGGAGGUAGGGACAAGCUUGGCUUGGGUGGCCAAGGAUGGGAGGUAGGGACAAGCUUGGCUUGGGUGGACAAGGAUGGGAGGUAGGGACAAGCUUGGCUUGGGUGGACAAGGAUGGGAGGUAGGGACAAGCUUGGCUUGGGUGGCCAAGGAUGGGAGGUAGGGACAAGCUUGGCUUGGGUGGCCAAGGAUGGGAGGUAGGGACAAGCUUGGCUUGGGUGGCCAAGGAUGGGAGGUAGGGACAAGCUUGGCAAGGGUGGCCAAGGAUGGGAGGUAGGGACAAGCUUGGCUUGGGUGGCCAAGGAUGGGAGGUAGGGACAAGCUUGGCAAGGGUGGACAAGGAUGGGAGGUAGGGACAAGCUUGGCAAGGGUGGACAAGGAUGGGAGGUAGGGACAAGCUUGGCUUGGGUGAGAGGUUGGGAGAAGCUUGGGUGGGGUAAAGGGGGGAGGAAACAGGGAGGGGGAGGUGGAGACAGAUGGGUUUUGCUUGGGGGAGAGAGAGAAGGAAGGAUUUAACUAUACUACAAUGUCAUUUUAUUUAUUUUUGUGACUUGCGAACCUGCUGUAAAAAGAAUAAGAGUUCUGGACAGAUUAGGAGAUGAUGUCGUGGGCUUCCCGAGUGGUGCAGCGCAGUGCUAGAGGCGUCACUACAGACCCGGGUUCGAUCACUGGCUGUAUCACAACCGGCUGUGAUCGGGAGUCCCAUAGGGCGGCGUACAAUUGGCACAGCGUCGUCCAGGUUGGGGGAGGGUUUGGCCGGGGGGUGCAUUACUUGGCUCAUCGCGCUCUAGCAACUCCUUGUGGAGGGCCGGGACGCCUGCAUGCUGACCUCGUCGUCAGGUGAACGGUGUUUCCUCCGACACAUUGGUGCGGCUGGCUUCCAGGUUAAGCGGGCAGGUGUUAAGAAGCGUGGUUUGGCGGGUCAUGUUUUGGAGGAUGCAUGACUCGACCUUUGCCUCCCAAGCCCAUUGGGGAGUUGCAGCGAUGAGACGAGAUACAAAAAACAAAAAAAGGAGAGGAUGUCGAAUCAUUAUUCCUUGUUUGUCAUUAUAGCUGAAUUUACAAGGUAAUACAAACUGACCACAAUACUUAAGUGGCAGUCUUUCGCCAAUGUACAGAACAUUUGGAAACUAUUCAGACCCCUUGACUUUUUCCACAUUUUGUUACGUUACAGCCUUAUUCUAAAAUGGAUUACCAAUAAGAAGAAGAGACUUGCUUGGGCCAAGAAACACGAGCAAUGGACUUUAGACCGGUGGAAAUCUGUCCUUUGGUCUGAUGAGUCCAAAUUUGAGAUUUUUGGUUCCAACCGCCGUGUCAUUGUGAGACGCAGAGUAGGUGAACGGAUGAUCUCCGCAUGUGUGGUUCCCACUGUAAAGCAUGGAGGAGGAGGUGUGAUGGUGCUUUGCUGGUGACACUGUUGGUGAUUUAUUUAGAAUUCAAGGCACACUUAACCAGCAUGGCUACCACAGCAUUCUGCAGCGAUACGCCAUCCCAUCUGGUUUGGGCUUAGUGGGACUAUCAUUUGUUUUUCAACAGGACAAUGACCCAAAACACACCUCCAGGCUGUGUAAGGACUAUUUGACCAAGGAGAGUGAUGGAGUGCUGCAUCAGAUGACCUGGCCUCCACAAUCACCCGACCUCAACCCAAUUGAGAUGGUUUGGGAUGAGUUGGAUCGCAGAGUGAAGGAAAAGCAGUCAACAAGUGCUCAACAUAUGUGGGAACUCCUUCAAGACUGUUGGAAAAGCAUUCCUCAUGGAGCUGGUUGAGAGACUGCCAAGAGUGUGCAAAGCUGUCAUCAAGGAAAAGGGUGGCUUUGGUUACUACAUGAUUCCAUAUGUGUUAUUUCAUAGUUUUGAUGUCUUCACUAUUAUUCUACAAUGUAGAAAAUAGUAAAAAUAAAGAAAAACCCUUGAAUGAGUAGGUGUGGACAAACUUCUGACUGGUACUGUACAUGCCAAUUAGCAGAACUUUAUCCAAAGCGACUUACACUACAGUGAGUGCAUACAUUUUCAGUAUAUGGAUGUGGGACUUGAACCCACAACCUUUUGCGUCGCUAGCUUAACACUCUUACCAUCUGAACCACACAGACUUGUUUUGUUUUCCUGCAUACCUAGAAAGUCAACGACCCCGAUUAUAUUUCACAGCGUCCCAAAUGCCACCCUAUUCUCUACGUAGUGCACUACUUUUGACCGGAGCUCUGGACACUAUGUAAGGAAUAGGGUGUAAUUUAGGGGCUAGUCCCUCCUCGUAUGAGACAUGACAUCACUCUGCAACCAUGUGUAGUUUAUGUUCACAAUAUGCUGCGGUGUUGUCAGGGGAGACCUAGCUACAGAAGACUCUUCUACGCUAAAAGAACAGAACUGUGCUGCAGCAGGCUGGGUUCUACCAGUGGGUUCUACCAGUGGGUUCUACCAGUGGGUUCUACCAGUGGGAGUGGGGUUCUACCAGUGGGUUCUACCAGUGGGUUCUACCAGUGGUGUGUGAGACCAGAAUGAAACCGAGAAAGAGGGAGAGGUGAGGCCUGUGGGAGGUGGUGAAGCACGUCAGCUGGACAGACCCGAGUGAAAUGGCCGCAGCUACAUUCAGUAGUGCUUUCUCUAUUCUGUGCGCAUGGCCCCCUGACUACUUGUUGUGAAGGUGAUGAUCUUGCUUAGAAACCCCAAAAAGGCUAGUGCCGGUAAUGGCUACAGUCCUACUUGACGUGUCCUGGGUCUCCCCUCCCCUCCCAGGUGUGCUGCAUGACCAGGUGUCACCCCAGACCUCCUAAUGACCCUAGUGAUGUCACUAGGAGCCGUUUAGUUAGUAGAUAUAUAAUUACCCUAGUGAGAAAGACAAAAACUGCAUCCCCAAAUGGCACCCUAUUCCCUACAUAGUUCACUACCCUGGUCAAAAGUAGUGCACUAUAUAGGGAAUAGGGUGCUAUUUGGGAUACAGUCUUUGGGUCAUUUUGGAUAAUUAUUAUCUUCUGGCUUCAUUGGCUUGGCUCCUCAUUGCCUGGCAACGGACAGCACACAUAUUUCUGCUCAGUGUGUUUUUGUAGAAGUUACACCACAUCUCAAAUUCUAUCUUCUCUCGGAGAAGAGAUUUGUCAUAAAUACGUCGGUGUCCGUCUGUAACUGUGCUGACUGUUUGCUGUAUCUACAAAUGGAUCCUUGAUUUUAAAUUUAAAAAAAGGAAAGUUUAAAAAGGAAAAAUGUCACAUUUAACACCGAGGAUCUAGGCCCGGAUUCAUAAAGCGUCAAGAGUGCUGAUCUAGGAUUAGAUCACCCUGUCCACGUAAUCUCAGGACAGCGGAGUCACUCACCACCUUCCGGAAACACUUGAAACCCCACCUCUUUAAGGAAUACCUGAGAUAGGAUAAAGUAAUCCUUCUAUCCCCCCCCCCCCCCAAAUAAAUAGAGAAUAAUAUAUUGUAAAGUGGUUAUCCCACUGGCUAUCAUAAGGUGAAUGCACCAAUGUGUAAGUCACUCUGGAUAAGAGCGUCUGCUAAAUGAAGUAAAUGAAAUGAAAUGAAUGGUCCUCUGUAGCUCAAUUGGUAGAGCACGGCGCUUGUAACGCCAGGGUAGUGGGUUCGAUCCCCGGGACCACCCAUACGUAAAAAUGUAUGCGCACAUGACUGUAAGUCGCUUUGGAUAAAAGCGUCUGCUAAAUGGCAUAUUAUUAUUAUUAUUAUUAAUAUUAUUAUUAUUAUUAUUAUCUAAAAUACAAAAAUGAACUGAACCUAGAUCAGCACUUUUUGAAUUUAGACCCUAAUCUCAAAAUGGCCGUAAUGUUUUAAGUUUAGAUGUUCCCUGGCCAUCUAGCAGCUUUUGUUUUGGCAAUUUGUUUGUUGACGACGGCUUCUCUUUUUAAUUAACAGGCGGCAGAGAAUAUUAUGUAAUAGCUUUUAACAUCAUGAUGAUGUUUUGCUUAGAGGACUAUGUCUUACAAUGCGUCCCUAAUGACCCCCUAUUCCCGAUGUAGUGCACUACUUUUUCAUCAGGGCCCUGGUCUAAAGUAGUGCACUACAUAGGGAAUAGGGUGCCAUUUUGAGACGCAACCUCAGUGAACUCUGUGUUUUAAUCUCUUUUGUUGUUCCUCCAGUACAUCUUGUCUGGAUCAGAUGACUUCAACCUCUAUAUGUGGAGAAUCCCAAAGGAUCCUGAAGCAGGUAAGAGUGUGCGUUUCCGUAUAUCAGUUUGUUGAUCUUGUUUGUGUCAAUAGCUACGUUUCUGUCCAAUUUGUGACAGAUAAAACACAUCUCUGGUGGCGUUUUCCCACCAGAGAUGUUUCCAGCAAACUGACUUUUUUUUUUUUUUUUGCGGGUGAAAAAGGCUGUGCGUGAUGGCGUGGUGCACAUAUAAAUUACUUUUGCUGUUAAAUUCCCGUGUUCUAUGAGUUUCACUCACAUUUUCAACUCUACUGAUGGUUUUACCUUAUAUAGAGCGGCAGGUGGCUUAGUGGUUAAGAGCGUUGUGCCAGUAACCGAAAGGUCGCUGGUUCUAAUCCCCGAGCCGACUAGGUGAAAAAUCUGUCGAUGUGCCCUUGAGCAAGGCACUUAACCCUAAAUUGCUCAUGUAAGUCGCUCUGGAUAAGAGCGUCUGCUAAAAUGACUAAAACAUGUAAAAUGUAUAGCGAGUGUACCCAAGUGCGCUCUAGCCAUCGGCUCGCGGAGACAAUGUGGGUAGGGAUACCUACAUGAUGAGAUUAUUAUGGAUAAGAGAGAUUUCUUAUUUGUCAAAACUGCAGCCAAGCAUCGAUCAUCAUCGUGUCACCAGAAUAAGACCCUUGAUAUUUAUUGGAAAGGAGCAUCAAGCUCAUCACCCGUGGCCCUUUCACCACCCUGUGAAGUUCAUCAUAACUUAUUUCAUCUGUAGCCUAAUAAACGGCAUGGUUUCCCGAUGAGUCGUAGUGGGAGGACCACACAACAUGUCAUCGCGUGACUCCAAAUGUACUUCGAUAUGACGGUUAUUAUAUCAAUAUUUGCACAUAAAAGGCGUUUCUGCCAUUUCUUGCUUUAAUACAUUUUACCGACACAAAAAGAUCCCACCAAAUUGUCGGUCGCCAUUUUAACGUUUCCAUCUGCCCAGUCGUGACCUUUUUCAUGCAUCCGGUUAUUCAUCCGCAUGAAAUGUUUGGAUGGAAACGUGGUUACAGAUUACGAUCUCUCUUAUUCCGUCUCACCCCUCCAGGAGGCCCGGGUCGUGUGGUGAACGGAGCGAGCAUGGUUCUAAAGGGUCACCGCUCCAUCGUGAACCAGGUCCGGUUCAACCCCAGCACCUAUAUGAUCUGCUCCUCCGGGGUCGAGAAGGUCAUCAAGGUCAGUAGUGACGUCGUUGAGGAAAAACAAAAAACAAAAACACGUUUUCAUAAUCGUACAAAACACAGGUCGGGGUGGGUGUUUUGACUUUGUGUAAAAUGACUCGGUACAAUGAUUUGGUUCAUGAAAUCAUCAGUGACAUCAUAUCAACAUUAUAUCAUCACCAUGCUUGAAUGAACGUCAAUUGAUUACGUCAUCAUGAUUAGAAGGUCAUCAGUUCAGUUGUCUAAGUACUUAGAAAAUGCACAGAAUCUUGAAGGUAAUUGUUUGUUGCAAGAAAAGGAAAAAAUGAAUCAUCAUCUCGGCAUGAAUGAAUCAGCCCUUCUACUCCUUAAACCCUUGGAAAGGUAGUUACACCCAUCCGUCCCUCUAGGCUUGUUUCCCACCCUGUAUGAGUCUCAGGUCUCGAGUAAUGAUGACUCAUUGUCCCUCAUCAAUCACAGGGUCUGAGGUGAAGACAGACGGCUCAUCGCCUCCUUCACCAUCUGUCCACUGUCUGUCUCCUUCACCAUCUGUCCACUGUCUGUCUCCUUCACCAUCUGUUCACUGUCUGUCUCCUUCACCAUCUGUCCACUGUCUGUCUCCUUCACCAUCUGUUCACUGUCUGGCUCCUUCACCAUCUGUCCACUUUUUCCUUCACCAUCUGUUCACUGUCUGUCUCCUUCACCAUCUGUCCACUUUCUCCUUCACCAUCUGUCCACUGUCUGUCUCCUUCACCAUCUGUUCACUGUCUGUCUCCUUCACCAUCUGUCCACUUUUUCCUUCACCAUCUGUUCACUGUCUGUCUCCUUCACCAUCUGUUCACUGUCUGUCUCCUUCACCAUCUGUUCACUGUCUCCUUCACCAUCUGUUCACUGUCUGUCUCCUUCACCAUCUGUUCACUGUCUGGCUCCUUCACCAUCUGUCCACUGUCUGUCUCCUUCACCAUCUGUCCACUGUCUGUCUCCUUCACCAUCUGUUCACUGUCUGUCUCCUUCACCAUCUGUCCACUGUCUGCCUCCUUCACCAUCUGUUCACUGUCUGGCUCCUUCACCAUCUGUCCACUGUCUGUCUCCUUCACCAUCUGUCCACUGUCUGCCUCCUUCACCAUCUGUUCACUGUCUGUCUCCUUCACCAUCUGUUCACUGUCUGGCUCCUUCACCAUCUGUCCACUGUCUGCCUCCUUCACCAUCUGUUCAUUGUCUGUCUCCUUCACCAUCUGUUCACUGUCUGUCUCCUUCACCAUCUGUUCACUGUCUGUCUCCUUCACCAUCUGUUCACUGUCUGCCUCCUUCACCAUCUGUCCACUGUCUGCCUCCUUCACCAUCUGUUCAUUGUCUGUCUCCUUCACCAUCUGUUCAUUGUCUAUCUCCUUCACCAUCUGUUCACUGUCUGUCUCCUUCACCAUCUGUCCACUGUCUGUCUCCUUCACCAUCUGUCCACUGUCUGCCUCCUUCACCAUCUGUCCACUGUCUGCCUCCUUCACCAUCUGUCCACUCUGUCUCCUUCACCAUCUGUCCCUUGUCUCCUUCACCUCGUCACGUCUGUCUCCUUCACCAUCUGUUCACUGUCUGUCUCCUUCACCAUCUGUUCCACGUCUGUCCUUCCCGUCUUCUUCUCCUCACCAUCUGUUCACUGUCUGUCUCCUUCACCACAUCUGUUCUCACAUCUGUCCUGCUGCUCCUUCACCAUCUGUCCACUGUCUGCUCUUCACCAUCUCAUGUACCUGUCUCCUUCACCAUCUGUCUCACUGUCUGUCUCCUUCACCAUCUGUCUCACUGUCUGUCUCCUUCACCAUCUGUCCACUGUCUGUCUCCUUCACCAUCUGUUCAUUGUCUGUCUCCUUCACCAUCUGUUCACUGUCUGUCUCCUUCACCAUCUGUCCACUGUCUGUCUCCUUCACCAUUCUGUUCUUCACCACUGUCUGCUCCUUCACCAUCUGUCACUGUCUGUCUCCUUCACCAUCUGUUUCCACUGUCUGUCUCCUUCACCAUCUGUCACUGUCUUGUACCUUCCCUUCCCUUCACACUCAUCUGUCUCACCAUCUUCCGUCUCCUUCACCAUCUGUCCACUGUCUCUCCUUCACCAUCUGUCACUUCUCUCCUUCACCAUCUGUCACUGUCUGUCUCCUUCACCAUCUGUCACUGUCUGUCUCCUUCACCAUCUGUCACUGUCUGGCUCCACCAUCUGUCACUGUCUCCUUCACUCUUCCACUGUUCCUGUCUCCUUCACCAUCUGUUCACUGUCUGCUCCUUCACAUCAUGUCACUGUCCUGCUCCUUCACCAUCUGUUCAUUGUCUGUCUCCUUCACCAUCUGUCACUGUCUGCUCCUUCACCAUCUGUUCACUGUCUGCUCCUUCACCAUCUGUUCAACUGUCUGCCUCCUUCACCAUCUGUUCACUGUCUGUCUCCUUCACCAUCUGUCACGUCUCUCCUCACCAUCUGUCCACUGUCUGCUCCUUCCCAUCUCACUCUCCUUCCCAUCUUCCUUGUCUCCUUCACAUCAUAGCCUAGUCCUCCUCAUUAACUCUUUUUGGCUGUACCAGAAGUGUGAAAGCUGAUACAGGCCCAGGUGCACUCUAAACCUGACCCCGCCCGCUCCCUCCCUCUCCCACCCCGGAGUCCCUCCCUCCCUCGGCCCACCCGCUCCUCCCUCCCUCCCUCCCCCUCCCACCCGCUCCCAUCUCCUCCCUCCCCCAGGCCGUGAGCCCUACCAGCAGCCGGAGAGUGUGGAGACCUGGAUUGCUGUUUAGAGGAUAAAGUCCAGGAGUCGGUCCACCAUGAUGAAUAUAUCAACCUGGGCUGAACAGCUGCGCGGCCUUAGCCCGACUAAGUCUCACCGGUAACACACACAUACACACACACACACACACACACACACACACACACAUAUUUUGGGGGAUUCAUUAAGUACGAUUGCAUCUUUCUUAUCUCAUCUCAGUCCAUCCAGGAGGACCCUCGUAUGAUGGCCUUCUUUGACUCUCUGGUGCGUCGGGAGAUCGAGGGCUGGAGUUCGGACUCGGACAGCGACCUGAGUGAGGGGGCCAUCCAGCAGCUCCACGCCAGGGGCCGACGCUCCACGCGGGCUGUAAGAGACGGCUCCGGGGCCCUGGUUGGGACUGGGGUUGGUGGUGCUGCUCCACCUGUACACCCUGCUGCUGCUACAGGCGACUCUGACCACUCCUCCUCAUCUUCAUUGGCUGCACCCGAGGCCUCGGGGGCGGAGCGUCAAGAGGGGGUGGAGCCGCUGCUGCCCAGGAGUCGUCAGCGACAACACCAGUCUGCGGUCUUAUUGGACCUGGUGGGAGAGGCCUCUGACUCCUCUAGGUUCUGGCCUGACCCCAUGCCCCGCCCGCGCUCCCCCAGCCCCCGAGACAACUCCACCCACUCCAGCCCCACAUCCUCCCCCGCUGGGGCCUCCUCCUCCAGCUCCUCCACCACCUCCACCAGCUCUGAGGACGAGGAGCGCCGCAGGGCCAGCACCAGGCAACGUAACGCAGCCCGGAGGAGCCGCAUGCACUUCCCCUGCCGGCCCAGCGGGGGGCGCCCUGAGUCCGCCCAGGCCCUGUACCCCGGGGGGGUCGACUCCUGCUCCUACCCAAAGAUCUCCGUCGACGAGGCCUCAUCCUCCUCCGCGUCCUCCGCGGAGCUGCAGCAGGACCAGGACUCGGUCCAGAUCGUGCUCCAAAGGAGGAGCUCGGAAACGGGGAGACGUACUAGCAAUUCAGGCAGACUUGCCGGUUCCAGCCCUGCAGUGUCUCUGGACAGCCAGGACGACCGAGACCGAGCGGAGCAGGAGGGGCUCCACAUCACCUCCCUUCUGGCUCAAGACGCCCUGCAGCAGAGGACCGAGUCCUGGGAAGGGGGGGGGGAGGGAGGCUGCUUUAGAGAGGAUGGUCGAGGGCUUGGAGAGUCCGGAGGAGGACAACAGUAGCUGGGUCUCCCCUUCCUCCAGACAUCACCACAGCCCUGGCGUGAACGGCCUGCGGCACCCUGACCAGACUGAGAUGACUGAAGUGCCAGUAGACUCCAGGGACCGUCUGGCUCCAGACCUGUUGGAGUCCUCAGACUCCAGGGGAGAGAGGGAGGCCUUAGAGGAGAAACAAACAGACUCUAGGGCCCAGGUAGAGGAGAAGGAAGAAGCAGGGUUGUCUUCUCAGAGAGGCCAGCUGAAACGGACUCACCUGGGGUCCGGAGGUCAAGGGGAGUUGGAGGAUUUGGAGAAUUCGCCCUCAGAGAAGAAGUUGAAGACAUGA